AGAAAAAGGAUAAUUAAAGAUAACAAGGAAAAGGGUGCGGCGCAGGAUAGCGGUUUCUCUGCGUGUGGUUGUCAGGUGGUGACUUUGGCUGUCAUGAAGAAAGAGACGAACGUUGCGCGUUUAGUGCACUACAUUUUGGUAUCUACCAAAACUUCAACCGGGGGUCACUGUUAAAUCGACAAGUGUUGCCCUAAGGUUGUGACUUCGGUAGUUUCCAAAUGUUCGUCUCGAUCUCGUUUUCUUCUUCGAUAUGACUGGAGCCAUCGUCUGAACCGAUGACAACGAGAGUAAUCGCAUCUUGUGUUCGUAACCUGUAGCGGGAUCUUUGUUUCGAAGGAGGUGAGAAAGUGGCUUUUUCUGGAAGUUGAGCAAAGUCGAAAGUUCUGUUCGUUUGUUUCCAUGCUGAGAAAUCUUGCAUCAUGAAGAAUGAGAAUGAUGGAAAAUUCACCAUGCGAACUUUGUCAACUUCUUCUGGCUCAAGGCCGCGCAACAAUAAAACGAUCUUAGCAGCAAAUGAAAUGCGACUUGAGUCACCCCAUGAAUUCCCCUUAUUGUGUCCUGAACAUGGACACACUUAUCUUGUGCUCUAGGUCGAGCAUGAUGUGUUGUUCUUUCUUUUUGUCAGUAUCUUUUCUUUCCGUCAUGAAUCUAGUCGGUCAAAGGGACAGUGAUGCGAAAUCGGCUCUUAUUCGCACCACUAUCAACAAUAGUAAUUUUGUUAUUGUUCUUUCUUUGUAUAAUAUUAAGUUGACUUUCUAUUAAUUGAUUUUGAUGUCCCCAUAAAAUUCAGAAGAACACUCAUGAUCGUCAUCAUCGACACGGGAAACAACUCUCAUCAACUCCAGCGUCGCUUAUCCAAAAAGCGGCAGUCUCCUCGAGCAUCAUGGAACUGCAACUGUGCCCACCUCUCACGCGGCUCUUUCCAAUAUGCACUUCGAGGCCAUGGCCGUCAUCCAGAUCAUGACUACUGCGUUUAUUGCCGGUUUGGCAUUGGGUUGGUGUCUGCGCCGCCGCUGCGAUCAUCGCAACCAGGCCUCCAGUGGUGCUCCGGAAUUGCCGAAGUACGGCGCCACUGCUGAGGGCCAUGGUAUGGAAGAGUGCUAGAAUGAAACUCCAAUAUCUCAGCAAAUAUUGUUGGAAGCUAGGAGAUUAGAAAAUGUCUGAGUAUUUAUUAUAGUUCAUGUGCAAAAAUUCGUUGUUUUUGUGACUAUGAUUGUAUUCUUCCGGUACUUGGUAACCUGAAAAAUUUGAUCAUAAGGGAAAACAAGAAGAGAACCCUUGCGAUCGAAUUCAGGCUACCAAAUACCGGAGCCAUUAAAUGAUAGGAGGGCACUCCUUGCUGUAUCUGAAGAUAAUGCUGCAAAAAAGAGGGCUUGGGCUGAAGGUCUUUUUGAAAGUAAAUACUAUUGUCUUACUACGCUGUGCAUUGAUGUUUGAACUUUCGCAAUUAUUUUCGCGAGGAUUACCAAAAUACAACUGGAGUCUCUGCGGAGGAACAACUUCCUAUCUCUAAGAUCAUUAUGAUUAUGCAACGAUGUUGAAAAAUGUAGUAGUUGAACACGCGCAGGGAAAACAUAGUGUUGAUCAUACAUUAUCGUGCCUAGCUGAGGCUGGACCCGAUAGGGGCAAAAUAAUGAAUUUCAUGUGAUAGAGAAACGCAUAUUCUAAAACAACGCAAGUAACAUCUAUUUCUAGUUAUUGGAAGUGUCCGUGUAGUUUUGGUGAGGCAGCUCGAUAGUAACCGGAGGAAGGUGAUACUAGAAGAUUAAGUUUACCAUUGAUUCGUGUAGAAGCAGAUGGAAUUAGCAUUCUGCUCAACUUCCAAAAAUGUAGUAGCAUGAGUUUUAGACCCGCCCACUCAUAGAAUCAGAUUCCUAGAAAAGAGAAUGAGAAGUCGUGGAGUUUACAACGAGGCACCUACUAGAGCAACCCAACGGACCCAACCUCCCGACCGAACCUAUCCCCAGCGAAUGUCUGUCCUUGUCUCAGUCGCAUUCUGACAGAUUUGUGCACAAAAUUUAGACGUCGGGAUUGCAAGUUGAAGAUUGCCGAUCAUGGCUCCACUUCUCGCUGAACCUCCGUGCAGUAUAACAGGAAGCAACUACCAUCUACUUUUCGACAUAAAAAUUGUUCGAAAAAAUGAACGCAAAAAAUUUCUACUCUGUUUGAGUAGGUUGUGACCAAGAAACGCGUGGCAAGUCCUUACAGUGCUUCUUCGUUUGUUCGAGCAUGCUGCCUGGGGAAUGUGAUGGCUUGAUUGUGGAGCUGCGAAGGGAAGUACUCUAUUUUUUUAAGAUACUUUAAAAAUCGCGCCACCCGCUCUGCCUUUAAUGUGAACACUGGAGGACACUCAGUGGGCCCUCAAGGUGAACACUAAGGGACCCACGUGACGCCUUUGUUUAAUGUGAACACCGAAGCACCCUUAAGGCGCCCUGCGUGUGAACACUAGCGGACCCUUCAGGCGCCUUCACGGUGAGCAGUAAAAUACACCAAAAACCGCGCUACACGCUCCGCCUUCAAUGCGAACACUCAAAGACCCGCAAGGCGCAACAACAACCACAACAACAAGGGACCAGCGAGGACUCACCCCCGGCGAAGGGGGUACCGUACUGAUUACAUUCAUACGGGCUGGCAAUUGGGUUUAUUCACUAGUGCCCAGCCGUCCUCCUGUCCAGCUUGUCCCUGCUUGUGUCCGGCUGUCUUGCUGUCGGGCUGUCUUUCUGUUCAGCUGUCUUACCGAGUGCCCAGCUGUCUUCGUGCGGCUGACAUGAGCGGCCCGCCCCGGGAAAGCGUAAAAAAGCGACCCGCAAGAGAGAGGGAGAGAAAGGGGACAGACCAAAAAGCGACACGCCCCAGGGAGGCGCAAGAAGCGGCCCGCAAUAGAGAGGGGCAGCUUGAAACCUUUUGACGCAAUCGGGAAGGGCUGCAACCUCGCCGAGGUUUUUUACAUUGUGAAGCGCUUCCAGUUUUGACGACCUCGCCAGGAAGAAGCAUUGAGGUGUUCGCUGGAUUAAAAAGCUAAGUACCCCUUUUCCCCUUGGCAAAUCAGGAGGACAUGCCUGGGCAGUUUUCGCUCCUAAGUUUCUGCUAAAAUUCUUCUAAUUUUGCAGGAGUUCCGUGUGGUGCUGUGAGUUUGGUCGGCUGCUUGUGGUGGUGAUAGUUUUUCCUGUGUGGUGGGCUUAGUCGUGUGAUGGUGGGGGACAUGCGGGCUUUCCGUGGCCUUGCGGUGGUGUCGGUCGGGUGUCUCCUACUCAGAAGGCCUGGGCCGGCUUGGCGGCUGUCAGCUUGGCGCCGUGCUCGGGUGUGUUCGGGGGUUCUAAUUUUUUUGCUAAAAUUCAUGCUAGUAAUCUGGGGCGCUAAAAAUCAUGCUCAUUCUGCAUGCUAAUUCAGCGCCUCUAAUUCGGCGGGAUUUCUUGCUGGGAUGUCUUUCAUAUUUUCUUACUCCAAAAAUUAAAUUGUAGUGCUAGUCUGUAACUCUAAUUGUCUUGGGGGGGUCUCGAGACCCCUCUAUUAAAAUUCCUCUUUCUAAGUAAUUCUGUUGGUCAUGUAUGGUUCAAGCCUCUCGGAUGUCGUGGCGUUCUGUUCUCAGUGGCUCACACAAAGCCGCGCGCUCGACUGUCAUCGGGAUGAUCUCACAAGACACGAAUGUCAAUGAUCAUGAAUGCUACUCCCAAUGCACAUUCAACGCAUGAUCAUAAUGAUCAAGGCGUAGACUAGGUACGGUUGUGCUGAUCCUAGUCGUAUGAUGCGUGUUCAGUCCGAUCCCUUCUGACGUGCAUACGUGUUGAUGUGUGAUUCAUCUCACCCAAUGAACCAGACAGGGACUACACCAGCCAGAGAUCGCAAGUCUCAGGCAGGAGUAUCAAGAUUCUGACUCUGUUUCUCCACUGAGAAACGAACCAAGGCGCGGAGGCCUGUGUUCUUGCGGUUCAACAAAUUCGCUACUCGAGUUCGGUAUUCUAAUUUUGCACCCCAAAAGUCUGCGCGUUUUUGCGCAUAUUGGGGGGUUGCGAAUUAGAGUGCCAUAUUAGAGUAACGAAUUAGAGGAAUUUUAGAGGGGUUUCGAGGAACCCCAAAAACCAAAUUGGCGUAAUAGAUUAGCGACUUUCUGAACGGGCUCCCCGCGGUGCAUUCCGCCGGCUUCUGCUAAAUUAGCAAACAUUUUAGCGCCCGGAUUAGAGUGGUCUCGGGUGGAGGGAUAGCUGCGCGGGAGGGCCGUCUGCCGUGUAUGAUUCGCGCUGGCUGUGUUCUUUUAUUGGGUCGCCGGGUUUUGCAGGGUCUGCGCAGGGGUAGGGCUGUGGUGUCUGCACUUACGGGCAGCCCGUUGCUCGGCUGGUCGUCGUGUUUUUGGAGGUGCGGCCGGCGGGUUGUAUUGCGUAGGGUUGGCCAGGGGGUGUCGUUAGCAGUGUCGCGGGUGCUUCUGAGGUGGUUGCGUCCGGGAAAAUUAGCAGAAUUUUAGCGACGUUUUAAAGGAUUAGGGUGGCGGGGGUUGUCCCCCUGAGGCAAACUAACGGUGCAAGAACAUAACCAGAGGCCGCCUUGUUCUAGGCGUUAGCUUGACACUCGACGUGGAGCGCCUUUCUCAGCCAUGUAGGCUCUUGCGUGGCGACUUGGUUGCUUGGUCGUUUGGUCACCAAUCGGCGGAGGGCGUGCAGCGUGAACGAAGUGAAGACUCCCUUGGGAUGGACGUACAGCUGAAGUGACGACUUUCGGGGGCUGACACUGUCCUCUUCCUUGUCGAUUGGUCUGCUUCUUUGUCCAUCGGUCCGCCCCUUUGUCCCUCGGUCGAGUCUGCUUCUUUGCCCAUCGGUCUCCCCCUUUGUCUCUGAGCAGGUCUGGGCCCGCCUGUCUCCUGUGUCUUCGGUGUCUGCUCCCUCGGUGCUCGGUGUCCCUCUGUCCUCGGUGUCACUCUGGCUUCGUCCUCGGUGUCACUCUGUCUUCGGUGUCUCUCUGUCCUCGCUUGGUCUCUCUGUCCUCGCUCGGUCUCUCUGUCUUCGCUUGGUCCCUGUGUCCUCGCUUGGUCCCUCUGUCCUCGCUUGGUCCCUCUGUCUUCGCUUGGUUCCUCGGUCCUCGCUUGGUCCCUCUGGCUCUGUCUUCCGUGUCCCUCUGUUCUCGGUGUCCCUCUGUCCUCGGUGUCACUCUGUCUUCGGUGUGUGUGUGUCUGUGUGUGUGUGUCUGUGUGUGUGUGUCUGUGUGUGUGUGUCUGUGUGUGUGUGUCUGUGUGUCUGUCUGUGUGUGUCUGUGUGUGUGUCUAUGUGUGUGUGUGUCUAUGUGUGUGUGGUGUGUGUGUCUGGGGUUGGCUGUGGCUCUGUGGCUGUGUGUGUUUGGUUUUGUGUGGCUGGGUGUGUUUCGUAUUCGUUGGCGCCGUGGUAGUAGAGGAGGUCGUGGGCAGCGAGGCUGCCAUUGGCCGCAGUGAAGACAAUCCAAGUUCUUAGACUCGGCGAAAGCGCGUGCAGAACGAUUGAGGCAGCAGUGGGAAGAGGAAACAGGUCUCCUAGCAGAGGGCGCGAUCUAUCAGUCUGCAAUGAAAGCGGGCGCCACGACAUGGGCGACUGAAAAAACCCGGGCUGGUCGCUUGGCGCGUGCGCGGGCGGUACUGGGAGCAGUGGCGCAAAAGCGGAUGAGAUGGCGCCAAACGAAGAAGGGCCUUCGGCUUCUUUGCCGCGCGGGGCUGGUCCUCAACAUACAGCCCUCCACAGACUCGGACACGGCGGGCAGAAAAAACGAGACAACAAGUUCGACUGAACUGCACUGGUUCUCACAACGUUUUGCACGGUCCGGGAGGGGCGACGACGCUAGUUCGACCUCACAAAAACACCGCGGAACAAACCUUCAUUUUAUUUUGUUCGUCUAAGUCUCUUGAGCUUUCUCGAGAUCGUCACUGGAAUACGUAAACGCUGA